CUUGUCUAAAUCCAAAUUUUUAACAAAUCAACAUGGCUGUCGUUUUAGAUAAAUAAAUACAAAACAGAAACAUUGAUGGUACUUAAAAUUUCAUUCUCGUCCAUACAAGUUUAAAGUAUCAUAAAUGGAGUUACCAGGAAGAAAAUUUAUUAGCACUCCUCUAGGGUUAAGUAGACGUGAAAGAGAAGGCAGUUCCCUAUCUACGUCGUUUAUUAAACAAAUGGUGUAUGGUCACAGAAUAUCGAAGUCACAAAGUUUGUUCAAGCGUGAUUUAUUGGGUCACUACGGAUGUGUUAACGCCAUUGAAUUUUCUUCCGAUGGAGAUUUUAUAGCAUCAGGUGGGGAUGAUCGUCGCUUUUUAUUGUGGAAUGUUGGACAGGCCAUCUAUGAUGUGAAACCUCCGGUAGUGUUUGAAACACAGCACAUAAGUAAUAUUAACACCUGCUGCUUCAAUGCCGAGAACAGAAAGAUUGCCACUGGAGGGAAUGAUGGACAAGUUCUAAUACAUGACAUUAGUGUGAAACAGUCAACAUCAAUCUAUGGUUUAAGUGACGCCAUCUACGCUCUGUCUCCAGACCCGGUCAGCUCUACAAUCAUUGCGACUGCUAGCGAUGAUGGUAAAGUGCGAAUUCUUGACACCAGGGUGCCCACAGACAGUGCGCCAUUUGUUUUGGCUGACCUGAGGGCUGCAAUGCAUUCUGUGACAUACAAUCCCAUGGACCCCAGACUGCUGGCAACUGCAAACUCCAAACAUGGACUUGGAUUGUGGGACAUUCGUAUGCCUUUUAUGUCACUGACCUACAGAAGUGGUGUAUACAACUGUAUGAGUGUAAGAUUCAAUAACCAAGGUGAUCGUUUGCUGGCUCUGAGACGUCGUUCCUCCCCUGUCCUGUUUGACAUUGCUAAGAUGCAGCCUAUGUUUGAGUUUGAUUACAAGACAUAUUACAAUGCUUGCACACUGAAAAGUUGUAGCUUUGCAGGAUUACAAGAUGAAUAUGUUAUGUCAGGGUCAGAUGACUGUUGUGUGUAUUUGUGGAAGAUACCUAAUGAUACAGAAGACAACUUUACACACACAGAGCCUCACAUGAUUCUGAGAGGUCAUAGGUCUAUAGUGAACCAAGUGCGUUACUGUCCUCAGAAUCAGUUCAUUAUAUCAUCAGGCGUGGAGAAGUUGAUCAAAGUCUGGAGCCCUUAUGCUCUUCCAAACUGCACUGGCCAUCUUGUACAUAAUCGUCGCUAUGGUGAUGAUGAUGAAGUUGAGAGGAACGCCUACAGCCAUGAAGAAUACAUUCACAUGGUGUUGCAGGCUGGAAGCUUCCUAUCACAUGACUACACCCGUGGCACCACAGAAGAGGAGCCCUGCAUGAUUGCUUUUUUUGACAGCCUCAUCCAGCGUGAGGUUGAGCACAGCAUUGAGCUUGAAGAUUCAAGUUCUUCUUCAUCUUCAUCCUCUGGGGAUGACCAUGAUGCUAGCAGAGAAAAAAGUGGUGCAAAGGUUGAUGGAAAAAAGAAAAAAUUAUUCCAGUACGACUCAGACAGUUCAUUGGAAAGUCCAUCGUCUUCCAACACUAGGCUAAGAGAUGUGGAAGCAGCAACUGGUACCCAUUCUCCUGAUAGACAGGCAGAAGCGUCACCAGCCCGACAACGUGAGUCUGAGUCACCUUCAUCUUCUUUUUAUAAUGAUCUACUCUCCUCAUCAGACAGCGACACUGAAGUUGAAGAAAUAUUAAGUGCAAUGUACAGUCGCUACAUGAACUCCAGGGAGAGACUUAUGAGUGGGGAAUCCAAGCCUUCUGGGAAAAAAAUCUCUGCUAUAAUUGCUAGGGGAAAGCAGAAGAGCAUGUCCUCAAAAAAGGGUGUGUUUCAGCGAAGACUGCUGCGCAUUCGAGAAGAUCUUCAGCACAGUGGGGAUCAGUACUUAAGAGAUAGUGCCAACAGCAUUGGUAUCUUAGUAGAUGUUAUUGACAAUUUUGUUGAUAAUUUAGUCACGGGCGAGUCUGGUAACAACAGAAGCCUCAGUGACAUAAGAGAUGGUUUGACAGAUUCCACUAGCAAUUUUGCAGAUGCUGUGGCUGUACCAGAGGAUGUUGCACACCAAGCAAUAGUUCGUGAAACUGACAGAACUCUGGCUGAGACUCCUACCUCCAGGCAAGAGACCCAGUCCACAUCUACUGCUAUCUCAUCUCCCCCUGAUCACCUAGGCUCACAAGACACUAGCAUGUUUUUUAUGCCAGAAUUCCAAGCUUUUCCUCCAGAGUCUUUCCCUGCUGUUGUCAGUGUCACUUUUGACCAAUCUUCAUUAGAUGCUGACAGCACAGUCUCAAAGGUUGUGGGUCCUAGUCUCUCCACAGUACAGUCUAAAUGUGGCAAUCAUACAAGGCCUGACUCUGUUUCUUCAAAGAUAAAAAUUCUCAAAUUUAAUGGUGGCAAUAGAGACGUGUCCUUGAAAGAUGGGAAUACACCACAGAAUAGAACUCACACUUCUGUGACACAAGAGGACGACCUCACAAGUAAACCCAACAAUGCAAUAGACAGUUCUGUCUGCUCACAGAAGAUUUCAUCUAUGUCUAGAUUAGGUCACCUUAGGUCAGCUGUGACUACUUCUUCUAUAUUCACACCCAUUACAGUGAGCCAGAGGGACCCAACAGACCUUGAGACCCAUAAAGUGACUACUCCAGACGCCACUCCAGGUUCAUCAGUUGAAGUUCAUUUUAAAAAAAGCAAAUUAAAUAGAAAGAAUAUUCGCUAUCGUCAUCGAACAGAUUCUGGGUCAUCUAGUGAAGAUGAGGAGCGCUAAAAUUGUGUGAGAAACUUUGUGUAAUUAGAUUAUUUAAAAAAUAAUUUUAAUUCAUUAUAAUAAAAAAAGACAAAAAAAAAAACAAUGAUUUGUUGAUAAUCCAACUUAAAUGAAAGGUAUUUACCAAUAAAGAGUCUAAAUACAAAUAAUUGUGCAAAAAAGGUUUAUAUAACACACACACAUACAAAAAUAGUCUUUCUAGUUUUCAGCCAUUGCUUUCUAAGAGACACCUACCGCUGUGGAUGCUGUUAGCUGGUAAAGCCUGUUAGUGUAAGUCUCUGUGUCAGCUCCAAUUGAAGACUCUAAUGAAAAUUGCCCACCAGCUGUUAUGCGCCCUGUUUGGACAGCAGCAUGGGCAGGGAUAUCUGCUAGAAUUUUGCUAGAAAAAAAUGAAUAUAAAAAAACACAAAAUGUACUAUAGUAACAUCUUUCUAACAACAUUAAAAAUAAUCUCCUAAUAGCUCACAUUGAUGUUUUCAAGAGUUUUAUACAGCUCCACAAAUAUUUGAUAAAGUAAUGAAAGUAGCUUUUCAGUAAACUCAAAGAAAAAAAAGUUCCUACAAGUUCCAUAUUAGACAACACUUUUUUAUGGGGACAAGUUUCUCACAAUUUUUUUUGCAUGUGUGCAUACACGUGUAACAACAUGACCUAAAUUGUGCCGAUGUGCCAACAACUCACAAACACUUGUGUUAGUCAUCUAUAUUUUGAAAUGUUUUAAUUAUUCAAAUGGUUUAAGCUUGAACAGGAAUUAUUAGAUUAUUUAAGAUGAUCCUGUUAAUUGGAAUUUUUAGGAACUGGUUUUUUUUUGUGUGUUUUUUUUACUUUUUAAAAAAAUGUAGAAAGCGGAGACAUUGUAUUGAAUUCAAUAGACACUAAACUGUUUCAUUUGUUUAGACUUUUAACCCUAAUUUUGAAAUGACAAAAGUGGUAGUUGUUUUUUUAAAGUGUUUUUUGUCCAGUGAGAGUAAGUCAGUGUAAUUGUCACACCAGUGACUCUUAGCUAGUGUAUUUGUCACUUGUACAGUGACUUUUUUAACCAGUGUAUUUGUCACUUGUCCAGUGACUGUUAGCCAGUGUAUUGUCUAGUACUGAUGUAAAAAUAAGGGCAGAGACAAAAAAAAAGUGUUAUUGUUAAAGUUUGUUUUCCAAUUUUGUUUUGCUUGCCAUGCUGCUCGUCUCUGGAAAUUCAUGCAGUAGUAAAAAGUCUGGUACCAGAUAUUUGUUUAGUACCUAAUGCAGUAUAUUACCAGUGCUUUUGAAAUUAGCACACACAAUGAAGGUGCUAUAGUUAAAUUGAUCUUGCAAUAUUUUGAUGUUUUAAAAUCUUUUUCGCAAGACAAACAAUAAUUAAUAAAUUAUUACUACUAGUUAAAAAUGCCUUAAAUGACAAGAGCUGAACCAGUCCUUGAAUAUAAAGUUCUGUAAUCAACAGCAGUGCAACAUUUGUGUUGUCUAGUACUUCAGACCUUACCUCAAGUGCAUGAUGGCUGAAGUUGUGUGUGUGGGCAUUGAAGACAAGUUUCCUGACUUUCAGUGCGUUUUAUUUAUGUUGAGCUAUUCAAUGUAGUGAUAUUUUGAGUCUUUUCUUAUUAACUAUAUUGAA